AUGCACCGCAGCGGUUUCCAGCGCCACGCCCUCGACCAAGGUGUUCCAGCUGCCGUGAGCGGGGAGAAGAAUUCUGCCAGCAUUGCUUUCGAACCUGUCCUGCUUCGGCUUGAGGACGCCGCUGGAAGUGUGGAUGUGCCGGAAAAGGAUGCAGACGAUGUGGAGGGGUCUUCGAUUGGGAGUGCGCAGGAAGAAGAGCUGCAGCGAGAAGCUCCACGCCCACAAAGAAGACUGCUUGACCUACGCUUGAACGAUUCUCCUAAACCUACACAUCUGAACAUUCGCACCACAUUCUGCGACCGUAACCGCUCCGACAUGAACCGUCUUCCAUCCCGCCCUUUCCAGAGAAGUGUUACGGAUGGGUACGCCGCCAAAGAGCAAAGGCAGACCAAAGAGAACGCUCCGCUCCAUUGUCCGGUCACUCAGGCUCUUUUCGUGUAA